UUUGGAAUAAAGCACGCAUCAAUAUCAAGUUCCAAAGCGGAGGAAGAACCGAAAUGGGUUCUGGGUUGUUCUUGUUUGCCCUCCUGCUCUGCCUCUCCACUGCAUCGCUCUGGACGGUCCGCGCCGAAGACCCUUACCUCUUCUUCACUUGGAAGGUCACCUACGGCACCAUCUCUCCGCUUGGCGUUCCGCAGCAAGGCAUCCUCAUCAACGGCGAGUUCCCCGGCCCUAACAUCAACUCCACCACCAACAACAACGUCGUCGUCAACAUCUUCAACCACCUCGACGAGCCCUUCCUCAUUCACUGGAGCGGCAUCCAGCACAGGAAGAAUUGCUGGCAGGACGGCCUUCCCGGGACCACCUGCCCCAUCCCUGCUGGCACCAACUUCACCUACCAUUUCCAGGUCAAGGACCAGAUCGGAAGCUUCUUCUACUACCCAUCCACCGCCAUGCACCGAGCCGCCGGUGGCUUCGGCGGCCUCCGCAUCAACAGCCGUCUACUCAUCCCCGUCCCUUAUGCUGACCCCGAGGACGACUACACCGACGACUACACCGUCCUCAUUGGCGAUUGGUAUACCAAGAGCCACACCGCUCUCAAGCAACUCUUGGACAGCGGCCGCACCCUGGCUAGACCCGACGGCAUCCUCAUCAACGGCAAGAACGCAAAGGGCGAUGGCAGAUUUGAGGGCGAUGGCAGUGACGAGCCGCUCUUCACCAUGAAGCCCGAGAAGACCUACAAGUACAGGAUUUGCAACGUGGGGCUUAGGACAUCGCUUAACUUCAGAAUCCAAAACCAUCCCAUGAAGCUUGUUGAGAUGGAGGGCUCUCACGUGGUCCAAAACGAUUACCAAUCCCUGGACGUCCACGUGGGGCAAUGCUUCUCUGUUUUGGUCACUGCCAACCAAGAGCCCAGAGACUAUUACAUGGUGGCGUCCACUCGGUUCAUGAAGACCAUUCACAUGAGUAAGGCCAUCAUUCGAUACACCAAUGGCAAGGGUCCUGCUUCUUCUGAUCUCCCCGAGGCACCCAUGGGUUGGGCUUGGUCCCUCAAUCAGUUCCGCACCUUCCGAUGGAACCUCACUGCCAGUGCUGCUAGGCCUAACCCCCAAGGCUCCUUCCGCUAUGGUUCCAUCAACAUUACUCGCACCAUCAAGCUCGUCAAUUCCUUCGGUAAUGUCGACGGUAAGCUACGAUAUGCCAUCAACGGCGUCUCUCAUGUCGAACCCGAAACUCCAUUGAAGCUUGCGGAAUACUUCAGAGUCCCUGAGAAGGUGUUCAAGUACGACGCGAUUACCGACGAGGGAAUACCAGAAGGUUCCACCACCAUCACUGUGGCUCCGAAUGUUCUGAAUGCAACCUACCGCAACUUCGUGGAGAUCAUUUUUGAGAACCAUGAGAAGAGGCUCCAGUCAUGGCAUUUGAAUGGCUACUCCUUCUUUGCCGUUGCCAUCGAGCCUGGGAAAUGGUCUCCAGAAAAGCGAACCAACUACAAUCUUCUUGAUGCGGUGAGCAGGCACACCAUCCAAGUAUUUCCCAAGUCAUGGGCGGCCAUUCUUCUGACCUUCGACAACUGUGGAAUGUGGAACUUGAGGUCUGAGCUGACAGAAAACCGUUACUUGGGGCAACAACUGUAUGUCAGUGUCCUGUCCCCAGCACUCUCGCUCCGAGAUGAGUACAACAUUCCAGACCGCACUUUGCUAUGUGGAGUGGUGAAGGGCAUGCCAUUACCCAAGCCGUAUACCAUUUGAGACCAUUCAUCCCCCAUUUUCUUCCUCAAUCCAU